CACUUGCAAAUUCACAAAUCGCAACAAAUCGCAAGUCGAUUACGAUUACUUGUCGCCCGUCGCCGCAUUUGGCAUUUGGCAGUCGGCAAUCGGCAUAAAGUGUUAUUAAAUUUAAAUUAAGAAUAAUAUACAUACAUAACUUUGUUGUACUUUUCGUGGGAUUAAAAUAUAAUAUUGAACAUUUCUAAAAAUGGCUGCAGAAAAAAGAAUUGACAUCACCCAGCCUCUAUGGGACCAAAGCACGUUUGUGGGCAGAUUUCGGCAUUUUGCCUUCAUCUCGAAUCCUCUCCUCUCUCUUGUUCCGGAGAAGGAAUUGUACCAGGCUAAAGAGCUCUAUGUUAAUUAUAAGGAAGGAAAAGAGCCCUCCGGAACAACAAUAGACCAAGUGGUGAGAGCGAAACAGUUAUACGAAUCGGCAUUUCAUCCAGACAGCGGUGAACUACAAAAUGUCUUCGGAAGAAUGUCAUUCCAAAUGCCUGGAGGAUGUCUCGUUACAGGCGCUAUGUUGCAGUGGUACAGAACAGCCACAGCGGUAGUAUUCUGGCAGUGGGUCAACCAAUCAUUCAAUGCUUUGGUUAAUUAUACGAACCGUAACGCUAAUUCGCCAUUAACAACUAAGCAAAUGGGCGUGGCGUAUGUGUCAGCGACAUCCGCGGCCAUGGCUACGGCGCUAACGUUCAAAUUCGUUAUACAGAAACGCGCGACCAAUCCCAUUUUGGCGAGAUUUGUACCUUUUGUAGCGGUAGCGUCGGCCAACUGGGUCAACAUUCCAUUGAUGAGGCAGAAUGAAAUAUUAUUAGGUCUUGAUGUAACAGAUGAAAAUGGAAAGAUUAUUGGAAAAUCACAAUUGGCCCCUGUUAAAGGAAUUUCACAAGUUGUUACUUCUAGGAUAGUAAUGUGCGCGCCCGGUAUGUUACUCUUACCUGUUAUUAUGGAAAGAUUGGAGCCUAAAGCGUGGAUGCAGAGAAUUAAAUGGGCACAUAUUGGGAUACAGACCGGCAUUGUUGGACUUUUCUUAACAUUCAUGGUGCCUACCGCGUGCGCUUUAUUCCCUCAGAGAUGCAAAUUAUCCAUUGACACAAUUAAGAGGUUCGAACAAGACAGAUACGAAGAAAUAUUGAAGAACACAGAUGGAAAACCGCCUAAAUAUGUUUAUUUCAACAAGGGACUGUAAUUUAUUAAAAAAAAAAUUGACUAAGAAGGAAAAAUGGGUUUGAAAC